AUGGAAUGCCUCAAAUUGAGUCCAGAAUCAGCUGCCUCACUUCAUGGAAUGAGCGAGGCUGAGUUGCGUGCUUUCACGGGAAAGGGAAACUCAUCUGGCAGUGACAGUGAGGAGGACUUGAAAAUCCGCAUCUAUGCCAGCUACCUUUUGUUCGAGAUGUCAAAUUCAGGCAAUGCUCUGGAAGAAGCUAUAAUUUGGACUAAAAGGGGGAUCGUCGCUUCACCUCCAGAUAAACAGGCUCUCAAUGAGUGGCUCGAUAUUCUCGUGACGCUUUUGGUGAUUUUACACCACUCCCAGCAACUAGCUGGACAGAUCGCCGAGGCAACUGAAGCGACAGAGGAUCUGAGCCGAGCUAUUGACGCGAUGAAAACCGCCAUCAGUCUUACUCCUGACGAUAGUCUGGAUCUUGCUGACCGUCUCAACAAUCUUGGACUCUGGCUCAGUACUCGAUUUGAAAGGACAGAUAUGAUUGAAGACCUGGACUAUGCCGUCGAGGCCGCAAAGAAAGCCGUGAAAUUGACACCUGAGAGUCACCAGCACUACGCUGGAUAUCUGAAUAACCUUGCCAACAGUCAUGGGAAGCGCUUCCAGCGAACAAGCACAGUUGACGACAUUAACUGUGCAAUCGAGGCGUCAUCAAGAGCGGUGAAGUCUACAUCACGAAAACACCCCGGCUUCUUGAAUAGCCUAGGUGUAUGGCUUUGUGCGCGGUUUGAAACAUCAGGAGAACUCGCGGAUCUGGAUCAUUCCAUUGAAGCAGCACGUCGUGCAGUAGACAUCACGUCCCCGAGCCACCCUGAUCGCUCCGCAUUCUUGAAUACCCUAGGAACCAGCCUCAGCAGGAAAUUCGAGAGAACUGAUUCAGUGAAGGAUCUAAACGAAGCUUUGGAUAUCUUCACCCAGUGCCUAGGAGCAACGCCUCGCGAUGGACCAAACUUUGCAUCCACGUUAAACAACUUGGGGAUCUGCCACGGCAUGAGAUUUGAAAGGGCGGGCUCAAUUGCAGAUUUGGACUAUGCCAUUGAGAGAACGCACGAGUCAGUGGUCAGCACUCCUCACGGCCAUCCACAACUACCCAACCGGUUGAACAGUCUUGGGAAUCAACUGAGGGCGCGUUUCCAAAGGACAGGAGCGAUGCAAGAUUUGGAACACGCCAUUGAUGCUGCAGAGAAAGCCAUCAAGAUCGCAGCGAAGACUCACCCUCAUUAUCCUACGUAUCUGAGUAGCUUGGCAAAUAAGCUAAGCUUGCGCUUUGAACGAACAAGCGAAGUACACCAUCUUGAUCGUGCUAUCGACCUCAUUGACAAAGCCAUCCAAGCUACUCCGUUGUCUCGUGACAGCCUCGCUGCUUACUACAAUAACCUUGGAUCAUCACUUCGCACACGCUACGAGAAAGUUGGAAGAGAAAGUGAUAUUGUUCGAGCUAUCGAAGCUAGCAACAAGGCGGUUGAUCUGACAGCCCGAGAUCAUCCUGAUAUCUCAUCCUACCUCAACACACUGGGCAAUGUGUUUGGUAGCCGCUUCCACAGGACUGAUUCCCUGGAUGAUCUAGAUCGCUGUAUCGAAAAUAUCACCAAGGCAGUGAAAGCAAUGCCCCAAGAUCAUCUCAAUCGUUCGGUCAUAAUAAAUAAUCUGGGCAACUGGCUUGAUAAGCGAUUCGAGGUAACCAAAUCUGCCGGCGAUCGGGACAGUCAAAUGCAAUGGUUACUUCAGGCAUGGAACUCCAAAGCAGCAGCCCCAUCUCAGAAAAUACGAGCAGCUGGUUCUGCUGCUUACGUAUACAUACAGCGAGAAGAAUGGGUGAAGGCCAGUGCAUUGCUGCGUGAAGCGGUGUUGCUUCUCCCGAAAAGCCUGCUCUCGAGUCUGUCUGGUUUGACAUCAAUGGCUGCUGCUGCGGCUUUGAGUGCAAAUAAAGCACCCUAUGAGGCCCUCAAGCUCCUGGAGCUGGGAAGAGGUUUAAUCUCAGGAUUCGUUAUGGACAUUCGCACAGAUACCUCAGAGCUUAAGCUCGAGUACCCAGGUUUGGCGAAGGAGUUUGAUCGUGUCCGAGAUGAAAUAGGUCAGCUGCAAAGCGGAAUUGAUGUAUCGACGAAAGAAGACGACUUAGCGACUUGGCAGCUAAAGCAAGAAAGAUUUCGGAAAGCAGAUGAGGAAUUCGAUGUUCUUCUUCAAGAGGUCCGAGGAAAAUUCGGAUUUGAGACCUUUCUUCUACCGCCUACCGAGGCAGAACUGAUGAUAGCAGCUACUCCGGAUCCGAUCAUCGUCAUUAAUGUCGCCUUCUAUAGAUGUGAUGCGUUCAUCGUCGAGGAAUGGCUGUGGGAUGCACUCGGCCAUCCUUGUUUAAAUGCGCUUAGUCUCACAUCUCCUGUAUUGGAUAACAAAUGGCCCCAUAUCUGGUGGAUUCCAACCGAUGCCCUCAGUUGUAUACCAAUUCAUGCUGCUGGGCGCCACGACCAAGGCUCUACAGAGACAGUCUUGGAUAGGGCCAUAUCAUCAUAUGCCUUAACCAUCAAAUCUUUAUUUCAUGGGCGAAAGCGGGAACUUGUUUCUGCCCGUGAACCAGAGAGAAAGUCUGCACUCCUUGUUCCCAUGCGUAACACACCAGGCAGUGGGAAGUUGCCAUAUGCUGAGGAUGAAGUCAACAUAGUGAAGCAGAUGUGUCCAAAGCUCGACCUCAAACCGGGCACGCCCAGGCCAUUGAAGGAGGGAGUCCUCGCAUCCCUGGAGGCCUGCAAUGUAUUUCAUUUUGCCGGACAUGGACGUUUAAACGCGGCGGAACCGUCGAAAAGCUGUUUAUGUCUUGAAGAUUGGGAGACCAACCCUCUCACAGUCCAGGACAUCCGUGGGAAGAAUCUAGAAAGCACUCAACCAUUUCUCGCAUACCUCUCCGCUUGCCGAACCGGAACAAACAUGGAGUCAAGACUCUCAGAUGAAGGAAUUCAUCUUGUUGGUGCGUUCCACUUGACUGGCUUCAGACAUGUCAUUGGAACACUAUGGGAAGUAUCAGAUAAGCAUUGCGUUGAUGUAGCUGAAGCAUUCUAUGAAACUCUACGUGAUGAAGGGAUGACCGACCUGUCUGUGUGCAAAGGCCUACAUCAAGCACUGAGAAAGUUGAGAGACAAGGGACGAGCUAAGAGCAAGUACAUCAGGGACAUCACAACUGUAGGUGAGGAAGAAGAUCAACCAGAUCUCGGGAAUACGAACUGGAUGCCUUACGUUCAUUUCGGAUGCUAG